AUGAUCACCCUCCAAACCUGGUGUAUAGAUAAGGGCCUACUUAUAUUUGAAUACUCGCCCCUUCCCCUGGAGAAGCUUUACAAUCGCGUAAACCAAGAUACUCAAUACCGCACGAAUGGAGGCCAUCAGAAUCCGUCUAACGUUGAAUUUCACGGAUAUCUUCAGCGCGAUCUCGAGCUGGAGCUGUGCCAAUGGCUCGCUAAAUUCGAGGUCGCAUUCAACGGUCGAGCAGCUUCAUCACGAAACCGAACACUCCCACGACGGCAUACCGAGGAAUUCUUCCACAACAUACCCCCUACUCUCGGCCUACAUCUCAGCUUUCCCAUGUCCUACAAGAGAUCGCGUGCAACUUACGAGGCCGACCUAUCCGCGCAACAAUCCCCGUAUGUCGCUUUCGGGACGCCACUUCCACCACAAGACCCCGAGGUUCGCGAUGACGGUUCUUAUGUGCCGAUAUGGAAGCAGGAGGUGAGGGACGAGCGGGGGAGGAAGAGGCUUCACGGCGCAUUUACAGGAGGUUAUUUCAAUACCGUCGGCUCCAAGGAAGGAUGGACACCGUCUACCUUUGUAUCUUCACGGACCAACCGUCGGAAGGACGAUCCAAAAACGUCCAGACAACGCGCCGAGGAUUUCAUGGACGAGGAAGACCUAGCCGAUGCCGAAGAAUCAAGGAAAAUACAGACCCAAGCUGCUUUUUCUAGCUUGGGUACGACCUCUGAUGAUGCCACAAGGAUUAGCAGCCUCAUGGGCAUAUUCCGCGCCGACGGGGACACAAUGGGCACCAGAUUACUCAAGAAGAUGGGGUGGAAGGAGGGACAGGGAAUCGGCCCCAAGGUUCGUAGGAAAGCCCGACUCGAGCUCCGCAACGAUACGGAUGAUCCAAGGGGAACGCAUCUAUUCGCACCGGAGAACGUUGCCAUGAUUCAUUUCGUCCGCAAAACCGACCACAAGGGACUAGGAUAUGCAGGAGAAACAAGACUGGCACCGAUCAGCCUCGCUACGAAGGCCAGCGGCGCCGAGGACUUCGACUCCGACGACGAAGGGGGGUUGACGAGGGGCCUUGGACGGCCAAAAUUUACACUAGCCACGGGCCGCAAGAAAGGACGGGAAAAGAACGCCGGAGGGAUAGGGGUUGGUAUUUUGAACGACACCGGUUCCGACGACGAAGAUCCCUACGAAGUUGGUCCGCGAAUAUCGUAUAAUCGGGUCAUCGGCGGCGACAAAAAGAAAAAGAAGGCUACUACUGCGGUCAACCCUACGUUAAAGAGCAAACCCGCAUUUAUACCAUCAAGGAAAUCUGCUCUCGGAAAAGUCGGGCUCGGGGCGCGGAAAUGCCAUGAUGGACGGUUACCUUUGGAAGGAUUUGUCUUUGGCAAGGAGCCCGAUGUUCUAACGUCCGAAGCCAGAGCCGAAGUUAAAUACCCUCCGCCAAACAUACCUCCAGAUUGGAUCUCGGCGAAAAAGCCGGAAUCCCAGGCCGGCGCGGCCGGCUACGUUUCCACAGCGGAUGCUGCCAAGGCGUCAACCCUCGAUCCCAAAUCCCGCGCAGCCAUCCUUGGUGAAAAACAACUCCCGGGGAAGUCUGUCUUCGACUUCAUGUCAGCAGAAGCACGGGAGCGUCUAGCUACUGUGACCGGGAAGAAGGACCUCCCUCCGGCUCGCGGGGAGGUCCCGGCUGAGCAUGCUCUGAGCGAAGCCGACCGCUUGCAGGAACUCCUCAACCGCGCUCCAAAACUAGACAAGGCCACCGCUGUUGCCGCUAUUGCUAGAGGGACUGGAGGCAACGCCCCAUAUCGAGACGAUGAGGCGAAACGCUCGAGAUACAUUUCCUUCCUCGAGUAUCAGGCAGGGUUCCGGCCGACUCCCGGGACGCAGCCAACUAAGACGAACAGCGAGGAGUGGCUGAGGGAACUUCACGAGUUCUAUAAUUGUGCCAGAAUCUUCAAGCCUAUGACGGGCUUCAUGGCCAGCCGGUUCACGACGUCGACGAGCAAUCCCAUCAGCAAUUCAGGCGGUGAGACAGAAGAGAAAGGCCUACUAUCGACGCCGCCGCCCAAGCCCCAGGAUCCGGCCGAGGAAGCGGCCAAGCUCGGUAUGUUUGGGCCUAUGACCAGAUCUGUCGCCAACUUUUACCCCACGCGGCUUCUGUGCAAGCGCUUCAACGUGAGACCUCCGGAACAUGUGCAGCCCGAUGACCAACCGUCGGCUGCAGGGGCGGGUAGGGCGAACUAUGAUUCCGCCUCCCAGUUCAGUGCCCCGCAAGACUUUGGUUCCCUUCGACAAGAGCCGUUGGGGAGUGAGUUUGGCUCCGGCCCGCCACCCUCGGCUGAUAUUACAAACGAUGCUGGCUUUGCUCUUGCACCUACACUAGGGGAAGCAGCCGCGCAAGCUCCGGUCCUUGAGAGGACUGUCGUAGAUGCGAGCAGGAACGAGGCUCUAGAAGGGCAGAGGGCUGGAGAGGAUGUGUUCAAAGCCAUCUUCGGAGAUAGCGACGACGAGGAUUAA